AUGUCGUACAUCUUCUUGUGCCCCAGCGCCAUGAGUAGGCGGUCGGCGACAAACUCGAUGUACUGGCUCAUGAGCCAGCCGUUCAUUCCAACCAGUGCGACGGGGAGCGCGUCACAGACGAACUCGCGCUCGAUGUCGACGGCGUCGUUGACGAUCUCGCGGACGCGAGACUUAUCGAGCUUGCCGCGGCGGCCGCCGGCUGGCUCUCAACAGAUGGAGCCUGGCCCGGCGCUCGGCCUCCCUCGCUCGGCCAUGCGCCCACAGGUGGCGCCCGGCCAUCUCCCUGUGGCAGCGGUUGGAGGCCCCGCGUUGGGCGACUCCCAUGGCGGCGGCGGCCCUUCCCACCGGCGACGGCGGCUCCGUGGUGCUGGGCGGUUAGGGUUGGAACCCUAA